GUCAGGACAGCGAUUGGCUGGUGAGGGUGCAGGAUGUGGGAUCCCAGGGCUUCCUUGGAGCCCAAGCUGGUGCAGCCAGCAGACUGCACUGCGGAGCCCGGCGCCAGCAUGGACGGGGUGGACGUGUGGGCCAGCACCUUGGCCCAGCUGAUGGCCAAGAGGAAACCCCAGGACACCUGGGAGCUGCUGCCUGAGGAGAACCUGGCCUCCGGGCACAUGGAGAGUGGCGGUUUUCAGUACCGGCUGAGGGGGCUUUCCAGGCUGCAGUGUGGCCGCUGCCAGUGGGGCUGGUCCUCGGCGCACGUGCACAUCCUCUUCCACGUGUGGUUCCACCCGGCCAGCUGCCUGGGGCUGGUGAAGAUGCGCCUCUGGGGCCAGCGCUGCCGACUGUGCCCGCCGGGCUCCCAGGGGGCCUGCCAGGUGAGUCUCCUGAACGUACGGCUCUUCCUCAACAAGCUGGUUCUGUUCAUCCUGCAGAAGUGCUACGGGGAGGGCCUCAGCGCGGACCAGUGCCCCGAGAUCUGCUUCGGUGAGCGCUGCGAGGCCUGCGACCUGGGGGUCUGCUUCUUCCAGAAGCCCCCAGACCCGGCCUGGGGGCCCGAGGUCCAGAGCCCCGGCUCCAUUAAGGGCAGGUACACCUUGUACGGGGGUGACGGUGUGGCCUCGGCCGCUGCCGGCAAGCAGCUGCUCAGCCUUGGCAGCGGGCCCGUGGUCGACCGCUCCCGGGGCUACACCCCCAACUCUAUCAGCAUCCCCCUGUCCGUGUCCGACUUCAUCAGGAACCCCGUGUCCGAGAGCAGCAACUUCUUUGAGCGCGACGACGACAUAGUCACGGUUCCUUUCUCCCUUGUGGAUGUGGGCAGGGACAGGGCGCCCGGCGCCGAUGCCAGGGGCGGUGUCGGCCCCAGGGGGGGCCCCCUCCCGGCGGCUGACCCCCGCGGGCCGCUCGUCAUUGGUAGGGGCUCCAUCUACUUGCCUGCCAAGCGCACGGCCCCGCCUAAGGGCAAAGCUCCGGUGAACUUCAAGAGCCCCAUCUUCCACGGCCGAGGCCUCCUCAUCAACAGCAUCAGGCCCUUCCAGCUCAAAGGCUUCAUCUUCAAGGGCCGGGGUUCCAUCCCCAGCCCCACCGACACCGACCCGGGCGACCGGGGCCCUGCGGGGAGCAGCCGGUUGCCAGUGUCCUACAUCGUCGGCCUCACGGAUGACGGAGAGGGCUCCGUCACCUUCCCCUCGUCUUUGGCCAACAUCGUCAUAGAGGAGGACUCCUUCCCCAUCGUCAACGGCUCCGUCACCUUCCCCUUCAUCUUUACUGACGAAGGCACAGGCAAGGGUGCUUCUGCCGUCGUCACCCAAGGCAAAGAGGAGGGGGACGGCGGCCACGGCCCCGCCGUCGCUGGCCGGGAGCCCCCGCGGGGGCCCCACGCCCGCAGACCCGUCACCAUCAGCGAGGGCUCCGUCACCAUCCCCUUCUCGGUCUUCAACAUCAUAAAGUGUGUGGGCCCCAGCUCCACCGCCAGCGGCUCCCCGAGGGGUGGCCUGCCCCCCCGUGGCCAGUCCCAGAAGAGGAGGCGGCCGCGGGCCAGGCUGGGCAGAUCCUGCCCCGAGCCCGGCUGGGAGGAGGACUUGUGCCCCGAGGACGGCUGCUGCAGGCCCUGCUUCGACCCCUACGAAGAAGUGUGGAUCUGGGUGUCCAUGACCGUCUGCAUCCUGUGGAUUAUGUACCUGUACAAGUUCAGCCCCUGACGGCCAGGGUGAGGCUGACGCCCCCCGUCCGGUCCCCGCUGCGCCCCUCCAGCAGGGCCGCCCAGGCCGCAGAGCAACGGGACCCCCCGCCCCUGUCUGCACCCCCGGGGCCCCCUGCCCCCCUCCCUGCCCUCCCUGAGCUGAGUCCUCUGACAGCUGGUCCUUACCCUCCCCUCCCCUUCCCACUUCCGUGUGUGUUCUGUCUCUUGAUGUGAGUCGUGGCUUCUGUGGAUGUCCACGCCGUGAUUGUCCGCCAAGCUGCCCACGCGUGCUCCAGGCACUUGUCUGUGUGAGUGUUACAAUCCAGUAAAAUAAAAGUUAAACGGAAAAAACCCCA